AUGCGUUCCAGAAUUCAGCUGAAGGUUGUUACAGAACAGAUGAAAUAUUUGGAAGAACAAAUGCAAUUUAUGGAGCCUGUAAUUGGCGUGAUGAAAAAUGCAUUAGAAAAAAGUAAGAGGUGGGUAGCAGAUACAAAUGACAACCCGUCUAUCACAUACACAGAGCUUUGUCAGGAACUUGCUUCAGCGACAACGGCCUUGUUGGAUGUAGCUUCAAACAUUUUAAGCGAAAAUGAAGAGCUUGUCGAUGUUGACGGUAGAACGCCAUCUUUAGCUCAGGCUACUCUAGAGCCUACAAAAACAGAGAAACCUGACCAAAGUGAAUCAACAAUUCAACACAGUUUGAUGUACAAACUCCUACAGCAAAGAUUGAUGCCAAUUGACAAACUGAUUCAAAUCUUUAACCAGAACUUGGAAACAAGGGAAAAAAGAAUAACAAAGCUGGAAAAUAUUGAAGAUACUAUUUCAAAAUUGUCCAAAGAUUUAAAUCUGACAGAGUCGCGGGUAUGUAACAGAUAUGUUUGUUAUGUAAGGCUUGCUGAUCCCACACCUGUCAGUAUCGAAUCAAUUAUUUCAACAUUUGAUGAAGUACUUGAAUAUAACGGUCAACAUUUUAAUCAAACAACAGGAACAUUUGUAUCACCACAUGAUGGUUUAUAUCUUGUCUGUGUCACUCUACAUGAAUGGGAAGGGCAACUAAUUGGAGUUAGUGUAAUGGCUGGAGACAUGUGUUGUAAGUCUAUAGAAGUGAAAUGUGCUUACACUAGCGCUGCUGGGUCAGUGGUUGUUGACAUGAAGAAAGGUCAAGAACUUUACCUUAGAGUGUAUCACGCAGAACAAGGCGCUAAUUUAUCCUACUACAGUAGUUUUACUAUCGUUAGUUUAUAGAAGUACAACACAAAACAUGGUGGAUGGUAAAUUCUCAAAGCAAUAAGAUAUGUAACCAACAUAUGAAACACACGCUAACAACUAAUUAUGAAUGUAGACUACAUGUUUACAUAAACUAUAAAGGUUUAUAUGUUAUUUGUUUAGUCAUCAUUACACAGUUCCAUCUAAUUCAAUGCCAUCAUCAUCUUCUCUGUAUGUGAGCUCUAGGUGUAUGAUUAAAAUAUUUUGUUUAAUUUGCAUACCUACAAUUUAUGUGUUAAGAUGAACGUAUUGUUCUUGUUGAAUAUGUAAUUAAAAUCUAGAACUUUGACACAAUAAAAUGAACUAUUUUAAAAACUAGAAAAAAUCAAUAUGUAUCUUAAGUAUUGAAAAGCUAGUCCAAAUUAUAAUUUUGUUAAGAAAAAAAAAGAUGUUUUUGUUAUAGGCCUACUGGAAGUAUCUGUUAGUGUAAUAAUUACAUAGACUAAAAUUUUUCUACAUGAAAAACCACUAUUUUUUUUAUUAAGUAUCGUUGUAUCAGUAAAUUAACACACAACCCAUAUAACUAUCUAUAUAUAUCUUAAAAUUGUGUUAUAUGUAUAGAUUUGUUAACUUGUAUUCCAACUCCCAUCUGCUUACAUCAUAAUCAAUAUGUGAUAGGGCAGGGCUAGCUCGGCAGAUUUAUCUUGGAUAUUUUAUAUGUCAAUACACAUAUAACAGGUUAUGUACAUGUAGUCCGUGAUGCAAUGAGAUGGAAUACACCAAAUAGUGGCAGAAUAAAUAGCGAUGUUUUUAAACAGACAAUCACACAAACACCGCCGACAUUUUUUUUUAAUUUCCGCAUUUGCUGACAAAAUUAAUUAUAAGCGGUAAUUGUGGUCUAUUUUAUAAAUUCGAUCUUUAGUAGUUAUUUACAUUUUUAAUUAAUAAAAUAGCAGAAACAUAGUUUAGGUGUAAAAGGAACUGCAUUUAAAAUUUAGCUACUUCAUAAAAGUUUCACUUUAAGCCUCAAGUAAAGUGUUAUGACGUUUGUUUGAUCAGGUGUGUAAAUGUGAACGAAUAUUGGUGCGAAAGAUAUAAUGAACGCAUAAAUAUGUGUUGGGGUGAGGUCGUAGUGUUGUCAAGUCUCAUUAUAGU